GAUAAACAGUAGGAUUUGGAAGAAGGGGUUUGUGGUCUACAUGAAGCUUGGUAGAAGGCUCAAGAGGAGAAGCCACCGCAGAAGAAUUAGAGACAUCAAACUCACGCAAUAAGUCCAUGGGUUACACUACGUCGAUGCCGUGUGCAUGUGGAACUAAGGUGGUGGAAGAGGGUGAAAAAUUCAUGAGUGGGACCUCGUCUGCGGAAAAGGAAUCGACCCCUGAGAUGACAUUGAAACUCGAGGAUGAGGAUGAAAAUAACAAGAAUGAUUUGAAGUUUGAUGAUGAGUCCAGAUCUGAUGGAGAGGAAAAAGGGAAGGAGGAUUAUGAUCCGGAUGAUUGGAUGACGUGGCCAAAUAAGGACGUCUUUAUCAAGUACUAUCAACAGCUACGCGAGAGCGAUGGUUUUGAGUUUGAUGAAUACCCUGGGUCGUGCUUGUUUGCUCCCAUCUACCCCAUGAUAGGAUUUGAAAAAUUUCCUGAGUUUGUGGAUGAGAUCAAGGGUUAUGCUUCAAUGGCAAUCAAGAAGUACUUUCACAAAAAGAGAAAAAAGGGAAAGGAAUACAGUAUUAAAGAGAUUGUGAGGAUAAAUGCAGGUCGUUGUCGUGACUUUAACUACUACAUUACCUUUAAAUUUGAUGACUAUGGGAAGGAAGGAACUUUUCAAGCUAAGGUGGUAAAAACAAUUGAGGGCACAAUAGAGAUUCCAAUUUGCAGGCACAAGCGCAAGGUCUAAGUUCUUGCUGAAGUAUCUGUAGUAACUCUUGGUGUUUGGCGCCUCUUGUGUACAAAACCUCACUCUCUUUUACUAAAAGAGAGCUAGUAUUAUUGGUUUUUUUCUUAUCUGCCAUUGACAUCUUAUUGGCAAGGUACACGCUGCUUCUUUUGAUGUUUGUGACUUGUAAUGGCUUUAUAGUUAAAUCUUUCAAACAAUAUGUUACACGUAUUUGUUCCCAAUAUCUGAAUGGAUUGGUAACAAUUUCACUUUGGAGAUA